AACCGAAGGCCUCAUUCGACGAAAUGGCCCAUUCUUGCUAGUCAGUUGUGUGCCAUCGUUUGCCGAAGAAAGGUGCACCUUUCUUUCGAGGUUCCACUUUGGAGCAGCUCCACCGGCUUGCCGGUUUUCUAAUUAAUUCUCCCAACCAGCAUAGAUUGUCUGGCUGGUGUUGUUCACGGCCAAGGCCUCGCAUCGCCUUUGCGCAACAUGAGAUUUUGCUGAACAUCAUCAUCGCGUCUCCGGUUCGCUAAACGAUCAAAUUAGCUAUCGAGUGGAAACGGUCCGUCCGCGCCUUCGAGUAGUACCUAAAUUGCAAUCAAAUUACCGGACCCGGUCCGUGGGAGUGAAUUGCGCAUCAACAGUUUUAAGCGGUUGCUCAAGAAUAGCCCCACCUCUCCCUGAUGAAGAUCCAGUUGGUUUGAUUCCCUUUUGCAGAAGAAGGGCUAUUCGUGACCAGGUGCAGCCAUCCAUUGCGCAUCCAAGAAUGUUAGAACAAGAUUGUUUUUUGAUCCAGAGUGUGGUUUGAGAUUGAAGAGAAGAAAAAAAAACAACCUACCAGCAGACACUCGAACGGUUUUGUUUUUCUACCAGCAUAACAACUUCCGUAGAAUCAGAAGAAAUUGGCCAGCAAGUGAUAAGAGAAGUUGAUAGCUUCAAGUUGUUUGGUGAAUAGUAACUGUCAGUUUGGUUCACGAAAGGACAUGUCUUCAAUCAUGCCGAACGAUAAAGUUCUAGGCGGCGAAAGUCGCUCCAAGAUGUUCUUGCGCAGCAAUUCGUUCCAGAAGCUGUGCUCCUUGGCCCAUCCGAUGAGACUGAGAGGAUUCAAAUCGAACCGGGAAGCCCUGAAGUCGGUGUUCGAAUCGCUCAUCGUCACGACACGUGGCGUCAUCCAGACGGUCACGUACCGGAUCCUGUGCUUUCUGGUCCUGACGCCAUUCACGCGCCUCGUGACCCGGCCGGCCAUUGCGCGGCUUGUCGACCGGGAUGGCAACUUUCGGACGCUACGGUUGAUCCUGAAGCUGACCUUGUCCAUGAUCAUUUCCACCGAUAAGGAAUCCGAAGCAAAGUUGGAAGAAGAACUGCAGCACGAUGCCAGCCUAAACACAGACUUCACAGACAACCGGACGACCCACGACUGCAACACGGAAACCCAAACCCAAGAUUCCCGUUUGGUGGACACCGCUGUUCAAACCGAAGACCCUCCCACUCCACCAGAACAAUUCUUCGACUGCAAAGAACCGGAAGCCACACCUGCCCAGCAAAAAGCGCCACGCCAUGGUUGGGAGCUUCAGAGGCUCGGCAGCAGAUUUCCGGAAGAUCCCGCCGCCCGCAAUCGCCAGAGGAAGAAGAACGGAAGACGGCGAGAACGGUACUUUUCGUCCCUGGCCCUCGUUGUCUAUGGAGCGUUGAUGCUCUUCGUCGGGCAGUUAUCAGCACUUGCCUACUUGCUAAAUGUGGCCACAGUCAUCCCGGCCGGAAUGGUUUUCUUAAUCUUGGCUGUCGGCUACAUGGGAUUCGUACUGAUGAGGAUACUUUUCCAGGAAAGCCGGAAAGCGGACCCAUCCAGGCAAAAGACGAGCCCCCAAUUUGCGACGACAACAACGACGACGACGACGACUACGGUUGCCGUGGUUCCGAAGGUGGCCACGAAAGUUCCCAAAACCAAAGGACUUCAUCCGAUUCUGGUAGCGAUUGGGAAGCAGUUGGCCUCCAUUGGGCAGCAAUCGAAUCGGGGAAGUGCCGGCAGGAUGAGCAGAAUCUCGAAUGUACCCUCCAGUCCCGGAAGCAGAAGCCCGAGGCUGCUCUGUGACGACAGCAAAACUAUCAGCAAAAUGAAAAUCCUCUAAAUCGGGUUGCAUCAUCCCGUGUCAAGCUUGCUGAUAAAUGGAAGAAAAAUUUGAAAAAUGUCAGCCAACAGCGAAAGACAUAGAACAAAUCACCCCACUUCCCUCAAAAACCUCGGACCCAAAGUUCGUUCCACGAUAACCAAAAAUAAAUUACACACAGGAGGAAUAAAAAUGAUCGAGAGAAAUUGUCAUGUACUUUCCAAAGUACCAACUCGCUCGCUCGGUGGUGCAAAUCGACCCCAAAAAUGCCUUCCCGAAGUGGUUGCACCCCAAUUUACCCCCUCGCCCUCCAGAAAAGGGCAGGGGGAUUGAAAAUUCUUGAAAAACCAAACAGGCUAUCAUCAUGAAUCGAUUCACGUUUUAGCAAUAAAAAUAGUGCCUACAUUUGGGGGUUUCGAGUGAAAAAAAAACGCGAAACGUGAACAAACAUAAUGUAUACUGUAGCGUGUAAUGUGUAAGGUUAGGGUGUAUCAUCAUCUGGUUCCUGCCCCUGGGUUUGAGAGGUUUCCUCACCAAAGUAGGCUCCCAGAUAGCAGAUAUAUAGAUUGACGGUCCAACUGAGUAGGGGGAUAGGACUCAGUAGGGCUGACUUGAAGAUGGCAGGGAAGUGUGAUGUAUUUUGUUUUUUUUUUCUGUUGCUGUAAUGUUUAUUUCCCCACUCGCGCCUACUGUGUGAAUCGAUUGCUGAUGUUGGUACAACUUAUUUUAUUCGGUUGUUUUUUUCUCCGAGGUAGCUGAUGCUAAUAGUUAGUGUAUUUAAGUUUUCUUUUCUAUAUUGUUGAGACCAGGAUCUGAGAUCUACUACCAAAUAUUUAUGUACUUUUUACCGCUAUGUUGAUCAUAACUAUGUCAUGUCAAGGUUUGCAAGCUGCAGAAUCAAGAACGAAAACCGUAUACGUAAUUUGAGAAAUAGAAACAUUAAAUUAUACGAGACGACGGGAAAUGUAUGCAUUGGUUAUAUUAUUAUUCCAAUAAAAAUUGUAGGCUUAAGAGAACUGGA